UUCUGUUUAAUUCGAAACCUUGCGGUGCCUAAUCAUCGAAUAUGAUCAACAACGCUGUUUUCUGAUGCAAAAUAACAACACGACCAGCGUUUUCUUCGGCAGUUAUUCGGAUAAAAUGCAACAUAACUUAAACGAAUUGAUCAGAUUACAAUCGCUUCGAAAUGCGCAGAGUUAACGACCUUUACGAAAACGGAAAAACCACCUGUUUCUACUGGUAGCACUAUAAUUGCCUGCAUGCGCCAGAUAAGUAGUUGAAUAAUGAAAACUGUUUCGAAAGGAGAUGUAAAGCAAACUCAUAAGUCAUCUGGAAAUGAAAACGGAGCAUGCCAUGUUGUUGUGCAUCUUAUGUCAGCGGAUAAUCCCGAUACAUGGACGCCGCCGGACGGACCAACGAUACUGCCGCCGAAGCAUAUCGAGAAAGUUGUGCAAAAGCGGUAUUCCCGUCGUUCGGCAUCCGAACACACACUUGCCGCACCAAAACGCCAAGCUCCCAGUGAACUGCAAAUCCGCAAAGACUUCUUCCAGAUUCAGAACCCCAAGAAUGCUCAUCAUGCCAACUGUGAGCUGCUGGAUUUUUUCCGACACAACAAGCGAGAGAAAGCCUUAGCCCCCAACCAGGGUGCAUUCAAACAAAACAACAGUAAAGGACUAUUCCAAGUGAAGCAGAUCUACAAUCCACAAGUGUAUGAAGCCAUGACCGAAUUCAUUUCGCCCAUGGAAAACUACGAGUUCUUCUCCGCAUUCGAAACAUUUCUGGCGUACUUUCACAAUACCCGGCUUAUUAUGCGGCUGAGCCCUGCAGAGGACGCCGUUGAAAUCUGGUCGCGACGAUUCGCUAUGCUCAUACAGCAGCUUGGAGAAACCCGUCCAACCUCCUUCCAUACGAUAGUUGUUCCGAUGAUCUUGAAACCGGUAACGGCUGACAGAGCAUGGCAUGUCAUCACGAAAGAAUGGAGACGGACAUCAAUUGCUUCGUUAUUACUCCCCCCCUUAUCGUUAUAUGCCCGCGCAAUAAGCAGGUGGGUGCUGCCCUUAACCGAGCCCUUUAUCGAAGACGAGAACGGUCACCUGAAACCACCACAACAGAAAACUAUGCGCUUAGACGUGGGAUAUCUCUUUGCUCAGCGCCGGAAAUUCGGCCGACUGAAUGCGAUGCUCGACGUAGAGAAUCUCCAACAAUUAUCUGAGAGAAAAAACAAACUGUUCUACAAAUUGUUCCACAAAGACACCAACUUACAUCGAGGGGAAUCGGUUCGGAAUACAGUUUCGCAGAUCAUGUCGACUGCGAAUGCGGAAAUUGGUGACAUGCAGAUUAUGAUGAACGCAAUCGGAGCAAAAAGGGGAUCAAUACGCUCUUCACAGCAUUUCGAUCAGUCGACGUUGACUAUUCGCCGUAAAAAGGUUACAACAGAAAAGUUACUAAAAGCGAAUUUGAAACGCGAGGCACAGGAUCGGCUUUACUGGCUGCAUUACAUUGACACAAAAUCCCAACAUUUACCUAAUGUUUUUGCAAGAAUGGUGCCAUUCUCACCAGGAGACAGUACUAGUGGUUCGAUCUCAACCGAGGAAUUUUUCAAUGCGUAUUAUCCAAUCACAAGGAGAGAAAAAUUCAAGGAACCAAAGAAGAUAAAACAGCUGCUCCAUCCACAGUUCAGUCCUGUGAUAAUUCGUGAAAUGAUUGGCAAUGAGAUCUCUACCUGCUUAACGAAGGCGACAACGACAUUGAAGACAUGUGACAACCGCCUUAGAGAAAUCAGGAAAGAGCACACAGAUCGUGUCGAUCAUUUGGAAACAGGGCUUGCCAAUCUUGAAAAUCUGUCAGCAAGCGUACCAAGGCUGAGAAUUCCAGUCGUCGAUGAAGAACACACCGAUGUAAUAAGGGGACUGAAGCAGUGCAGUAAGCCACACCGUAAAAUGUACCUGAAAUUGUUAAGUGGCUCCCUAAUUGAUACUUGCGAUCACCGUGGAAUCGUGAAAGGUCAUCAACCCACUGCGAUCCAGCGACAAAUAACAGGAAACGAUGACUUUGUUUCCCUGCAAACGUGGCAGGCUCUCUCGAACGGGUCCACUAAUUCCGAUAGCGGUUAUCCAAAACCUAAAUUUACCAUUGACGCGCCAAUGAUAACGAUAAGCGAAUGCACCGAAGCCGUCCAAAACGGCAAUCCCCAGAAAGCUUUGAUCGACCCAGAAUCAGACCCUGCCGAAGAGCACUGCAUUUUCUUACGGUUGGUCAUAGACAGUGGAUGCGAACACUUUUAUUUCGAAGUCGAUGAUGACUGGAAUGAGGAAGACGACACUAUGCGCCUGCCUCCGCAUUUAUGCGACGAGAAAAGCGUUCAGAAAAACGUUGGAUCUCGUAGACGUCAGUCUUCGGUUAUGGUUGAAAGCAUGGGAAGAUCGAGGUUUGACUUCUUCGACAUGGAUGGUUUAGAUCGUGUCAAAGAGCGUUUUGCCACACUGAAAAGACGACCUGCUGGCGAACUACCGGUACAAACCAAACCAAAGGACGCGAGACCCGUGCCUGCAUCCAAAGAACCCGCAGUUGAGUCGGGAUUGCCCGACGAUCAAGCAAAAAAUACUCAUAAAUCGGUAGCAGAGGAUAUCGUCGUUUCACCUAACGGUGUCGAUGGUACACCUGAAGCUGAUACCCAUUCAAACGUCUUAGAAAUCGUGACUGUUAUGAUGUCUGGCAACAAUCCCGAAAGCAGCGAUGUGAUGCAGACGUUACCUGUGGUGCAGCCUGAGCAAGAGAGUUCUGCCGAAAAGAUUGAAUGAUAACUUUCCUUAGUAAGCAAUAUUUUGUUAGUUUGUUGAACCGGUUUUUGCGGUGCACAGUGCACACUUGUUGUUACCUUGCGGCUUUCCGUUGACCGGCAAGCAAUUUUUGGCUGUAAUUCGCAACUGUUUAGCAAGAAAGUUGACAUUCUGCUGCUAAAGCAGUUUUAACUUUAUACUAUAACUUUAUUUCUAACGAUCGCGACAUUAACAAUUAUGCCGAGGUUUUAACCGAAAGAGCGAUGUUCACGCGAAUUUUUCCCAAUAACAUUUGGAACUAAAGCAAUU